AUGUCAACUAAACAAGAAUUACAGGUAAUAUUGAAAACAUAUGGUUAUCAUCUUAAUCCGUAUACGUCAAAAGAAACGAUUGUGAAUCUGUUACGUCUUCAUUUGAAAGCACUUGAAAAAGGAAUUGAUGUCCCUAAAAUGAAUGAUCAUGAACUUCGCUCUAAACUAAUUCAAUAUAAUGUCGCAGCUGGUCCUGUUAUAAAUUAUACGCGUGCAAUCUAUCAACGUAAACUACUUGAAGCAGUAAACAAUGAAAAUAGUGAAGGAGCUGAUGAUGAAAUUGACGGCGAUGAAGAUGAUUUUCAUACACCACCCAUACCUGAGGACGAUAGUGUUACACGCAGUGGUAAAACGUUUUUGUAUCAUGCGCAAUAA